CCUUUCUGUUGCUCGCUCUCCCAGAUCAAGCGCAGGCAGUGUCAUUCAGUUGAUCGGAGCAAUUUGUAUCGCUGCCGGACAGAAGCACCUUCCUCAGGGACAAGAGAGUAAACUAAGACCAUGGAUCCAAACGAAAGUUCCACAGAGAUUGAUGAAGGCCUCUACUCCAGGCAACUGUAUGUGCUAGGCCACAAGGCCAUGAAACAGAUGAAGAAUUCCAAUGUGUUAAUCUCUGGGAUGCGAGGGCUUGGUGUGGAGAUCGCCAAGAACAUCAUCCUUGGGGGAGUGAAAAAGGUGACAGUUCACGACGAAGGGAACACAGAAUGGAAUGAUCUCUCCUCUCAGUUUUUCCUGACGGUACAGGAUAUCGGGAAGAACAGAGCUAAGGCAUCUGAGCACCAACUCGCAGAACUGAACAGUUAUGUUCCUGUAUCCUCAUACACUGGGAAAUUAACUGAGGACUUCUUAUGCCAAUUCCAGGUGGUUGUGCUGACUGACUCAACACUGGAGGAGCAGCUGCAAAUCGGGGAUUUUUGUCAUAAAAGGAAUAUCAAGUUUAUUGUGGCAGACACUAAAGGCUUAUUUGGCCAACUGUUCUGUGACUUUGGGGAGGAAUUCACAGUGAUCGACAAGAAUGGUGAAGAACCCCAAGCAGCAUUAAUAACCUGGAUCACCAAGGGCAAUCCUGGCCUGGUGACCUGCGUAGACGAGGUGUGGCAUGGACUUCACACUGGGGAUUACGUGACCUUCUGUCAGGUUCAGGGCAUGACUGAACUGAACAAUUGCAAACCCAUUGAAAUCCAGGUUAAUGAUCCUUAUUCCUUCUUCAUCUGUGACACGAGUGACUUUAGUGAUUAUGAACGAGGCGGGAUUGCGAAGGAAAUAAAGAUGCCGCAGACACUCAUGUUUAAAUCCUUUAAGGAUGCACUGAAGGAGCCAAAAUACCAGAUUUCUGACUUUGGGAAAAUAAGCAGACAGGGAACGUUGCAUAUUGCUUUCCAGGCUCUCCAUCAGUUUGUGAGAGACUAUGGCCGGCUCCCCAAACCCUGGGUGAAGACUGAUGCAGAACUCUUAGUGACCAUUGCAAAUAAGCUCAUUGAGAAUGAUUACCCUUUGAUCCUAAAUGAAGAGCCCUUGGAUGAGAACCUAGUGAGGAAACUGGCCUAUGUUGCCACAGGCAACCUGAGUCCUAUCACUGCAUUUAUUGGUGGCCUUGCUGCUCAGGAAGUCAUGAAGGCCUGUACAGGGAAGUUCAUGCCCCUCCACCAGUGGAUGUACUUCGAUGCACUUGAGUGUUUGCCUGAAGAAAACAAAGAUAUCCCUUUCUCUGAAGAAAAUUUUGCACCUAGGGGCUGUCGUUAUGAUGGGCAGAUUGCGAUCUUUGGAGCUGAAUUUCAAGAGGAGCUGAUGAUGCAGAAAUAUUUCCUGGUUGGUGCAGGUGCCAUUGGAUGUGAGCUGCUGAAAAACUUUGCCAUGAUUGGCUUAGGAGCAGGAGAGGGCGGGAGCAUCACAGUGACGGACAUGGAUACGAUUGAAAGAUCGAACCUCAACCGGCAGUUUCUCUUCAGACCUGGUGAUAUAACGAAAAUGAAGUCUGAGGUAGCUGCAGCGGCAGUGCAAAAGAUGAAUCCUUCUUUGCAAGUCAUAGCUCAUCAGAACCGUGUUGGGCCAGAGACUGAGAACAUCUACAAUCAGGACUUCUUUGAGAACCUGAAUGGAGUGGCAAAUGCAUUGGAUAAUGUGGAAACACGACGCUACAUGGAUAAGCGUUGUGUCUUAUACCAGAAACCACUGCUCGAGUCAGGCACUCUGGGUACAAAAGGAAACUUCCAGGUUGUCGUUCCUCACCUUACAGAGUCCUAUUCAUCCAGCGGGGACCCUCCUGAAAAUUCCAUUCCCAUCUGUACGCUCAAGAAUUUUCCCAAUGCUAUCGAGCACACUUUGCAGUGGGCCCGUGAUGAAUUUGAAGGAUUAUUCAAACAGCCAGCAGAAAAUGUCAACAAGUAUUUAGAAGACCCUUCUUUUAUUGAUCAAGCUUUCAAAAUCCUGGAAGGUGUUUACAAGAGUCUGGAUGCCGAUAAACCCAAAUGCUGGGCUGACUGCGUGGCCUGGGCCCGAAGACAUUGGCAGACACAGUACAGCAACAAUAUCCGGCAGCUCCUGCACAAUUUCCCACCGGAGCAGCUUACACCGUCAGGAGUACUUUUCUGGUCCGGUCCUAAGAAAUGUCCUCAUCCGCUGGAAUUUGAUCCCAAUAAUCACACCCACAUGGAUUAUAUCAUGGCAGCAGCUAACCUGUACGCACAGACUUAUCGCAUGCAGGGUUCUCAGGACAGAGCUGCAGUCCAGCAGAUACUGCUAUCUGUUGAUGUUACUCCAUUCACCCCAAAGUCAGGGGUCACCAUCCACACUAAUGACGCAGAGAUGGAGGCAGCUGCCAGUUCUGCAGAUGACGAACGAUUGGUGGAAUUGAAAAAUCUCCUCUCUUCUCAUAAGGAUUUUACUGGAUGUGAGAUGCAACCUAUUGACUUUGAGAAGGACAAUGAUGCAAACUUCCACAUGGAUUUCAUUGUCGCUGCCUCCAAUUUGAGGGCCGAGAAUUAUGACAUUCCAGCCGCCGAUCGCCAUAAGAGCAAACUGAUUGCCGGAAGGAUUAUUCCAGCCAUUGCCACCACGACAGCUGCAAUUGUUGGUCUCGUGUGUUUGGAGCUGUACAAGGUUGUGCAGUGUAAUAGGCCAAUAAUGAUCUACAGAAAUGGCUUCAUCAACUUGGCCCUGCCUUUCUAUGCUUUCUCUGAGCCUCUGCCAGCUGACAAACAGAAGUAUCGUGGUAAAGAAUGGACAUUUUGGGAUCGCAUAAAUGUACAAGGCAUUAAACCAAAUGGUGAAGAGAUGACACUGGCAGAAUUCCUAGAUUACUUUAAGAAAGUACAUGAUCUGGAGGUUAUCUUUGUCUGUUAUGGUGCCCGGACUCUAUACGCUACCCACAUGAGCCAGGAGGUACAGGAGAACCGACUAUCACAGAGAUUAUCAGAAAUUGUGACAAUGCUCAGUCAGCAAAACAUCGAGAAGCAUGUGAAGGCCCUGAAUUUACAGAUUGACUGUAAAACUGAGGAGGAGGGUGAAAUUGAUUUUCCUACUAUUUUCUACCAGAUCCAGUAAAACAAAAGAGUACUGAGGCUUCCUUCCAUGUACCUCUCGGUCAGCUACUACCACUUGUUUCCAUCACUAUUGGUCCAACUUAGAUAUUUGUAAUACUGUUGUUUUCUUUGCUCUCCUAAAAUACUCUAUGUAGUUAAUGAUCAACUGAAGCACCACAGAUAUUGGUUCAAAUUUCCACCGGCACAUGUGGACACUUUACUCAUCAUUGAAUAGUGAUGAUCUCAAGCAGAACAUCUAGGCUGCAUUGUUAUUCAUUCCAGAAUCUAGUUUUGAAUCUAAUUUGGUCUCAUGGCGAAUAUGUCCCCUGAAUCUUUCUUCCAGUUCACAGUAAAGACUGUACUGGACACACAUCGGGAUAUCCACAGUUCCAUUCUGUCUUUGUCUCAAUCACACAAGGCUGGCUCCUAAUUCACUAAUGUGGCUCUACAUUGUCAGGUUCACUCAGAGCAUUUUACAUUGCCACCCAUCGCCGACAGCCACCAUAUUGGUGUGAGAAAUGCAAGUUCCACGUAGUAACAAAUGAUAUUCAUCGACAGUGAAUGACUGGCAGCAGACAAAUUUUAUCUGGAUCUGAGUCAUGUUUAAAAGCACUUCAGAGUGGUGCCCAAUCAUAAACAUGAGCAAAUCCUCAGAUACCAUUCACCAAAUGAGCACAAGUAUCCCUGCAAAUUAAAAUACAUUUAAUAUGAAAGGCCAAUAAACAUAUUGACUAAAAAAUGCCAAACCAGCAGUUUGAUAGGAUGGUUUGAACUUGGAAAUAGCAACCAUAUGAAUUUUGACAACAGAAAUAAUGACAAGUAAUGACAGAAAGAAAAAGUGAUUAGGCAGAGGAAAAUGUCUCCAAAGAAACCGUGCACACUCUGGAGAGGCUUGGAUCUUGUGGUUGCUUUCAGGAAAAAAAGAAUUCUGUCACUUACCUGAUUGAUUUCAGAAUCACAAGCCUGUCAGAGAUAAGACUGCCUCAUUCUGAACGUUGCACGAGUGGGACAGCGUCAUCAUACAUAAUGUAACUGAAAUUGUUAAACCGCCCAAUGUUGUAAUAAGUAUUAAUAAAAAAAAUUGGCAAAA